AUGGACGGUGCGAUAUUGGCAGUGCGCAGUGCGGUGCUCUGGGCGAUGAAGGCCGUGGGAGGCAGGAGAAGGCAGGGCAUGGCAAGGCAUGGCAACGUCAGCAACGCCAGAAGCGAUGAAAAUGAGAAAAAGGGCCAGAGGCAGUGCCGAACGACCACCUUUCUGGCUGGGCCGCGCGUGGCUUGUCAACAGAGAAACCGCGUCCCUGUCCCUUCUCGGCCGCUUCGGUCACGGUUGUUGGUUGGCAAAUCGUGGCAGGCCCAGGAUGGACGGCGGCUUCAUGAUGCGGCAGGCGAAAUGUCCAUGGCCAGCAAAGACUUGAAGGGAAGCAGAAACACAUUCAGCAUUAGCCGCCAGAGCAGAGCCACAGUACAUCCUAGAGUGAUGCAGCCAGCCCAGCCAGCCAUUGUCAUCAACCGUGUGCGUGAAUCCAGCAGGUACUUGAUGGCCAUCUACAUGGUACCAACUACUCCAUAG